AUGUUGAUGGUCCACAAGACGAAGAAAGAAGAGAACAACAAGAAAAAUUGGACGUUGAAGAAAUUCUAUCUUUCAAUUUCCAGGAGCGGAAAUGCAACAAGAGCAGUUGUCUCCAAACUCGAAUCGAGGAGAGAUGAGCCCAGCAGCGGCGUCACCAAAAUCCUCUCCGAUGCCAUCAGUGCCAGCCACAAAGAUUUGGACAAAAUGAAGGAAGAGAGUUUGGGCGAACACUGGGAGUGGCUCGGCAGAGAGCUUCAGGUCUAUCACGAGUUUAUGGAGCAGAUGAAGAAAAGUUUCAUAUGGUCAGAGCCAUAG